GCUUCAUUACUUAAACUCUCCCUCCACCCGCUCCACAACGAUCUCCAUCGCCAUUACGUUUCUAGAGAGAGAAAGUGAAGAGAGAGGAUAGAAGAGAAGAGAGAGAGAGAGAGAGAGAGAGCGCUGAGGAGGUUAGAGGUCAUGGCUGACGCCGCAGCUCAGAACGGCCAGUUCAGCGACUUCCCGGCGGUCCCGACCCACGGCGGCCAGUUCAUCCAGUACAACAUCUUCGGCAACCACUUCGAGAUCACGGCCAAGUACCGGCCGCCGAUCAUGCCGAUCGGCCGCGGCGCGUACGGCAUCGUCUGCUCUGUUCUGAACUCGGAGACGAACGAGAUGGUGGCGAUCAAGAAGAUAGCGAACGCGUUCGACAACCACAUGGACGCCAAGCGGACGCUCCGCGAGAUCAAGCUGCUCCGCCAUCUGGACCACGAGAACGUUAUUGGCAUUAGAGAUGUGAUUCCUCCUCCCCUACGGCGAGAAUUUACUGAUGUCUACAUUGCUAUGGAACUCAUGGACACUGAUCUUCACCAAAUUAUUCGUUCAAACCAAGGCUUGUCAGAAGAGCACUGUCAGUACUUCUUGUAUCAGAUUCUACGUGGACUGAAGUAUAUCCACUCUGCGAAUGUUAUUCAUAGAGACUUGAAACCCAGCAAUCUUUUGCUGAAUGCCAAUUGUGACCUGAAGAUCAUUGACUUUGGCCUGGCACGGCCAACUGCAGAAAAUGAAUUUAUGACUGAAUAUGUGGUCACCAGAUGGUACAGGGCACCAGAAUUGCUGUUGAACUCUUCAGAUUAUACUGCUGCUAUAGAUGUGUGGUCUGUUGGUUGCAUAUUUAUGGAGCUUAUGAACAGAAAGCCUUUGUUCCCUGGGAGGGAUCAUGUGCAUCAGAUGCGUUUGCUUGUAGAGCUUCUUGGUACACCAGCUGAUGCCGAUCUUGGGUUUGUGCGAAAUGAGGAUGCACGCCGAUACAUAAGACAGCUUCCUCAGCAUCCCCGUCAACCAUUGGCUAGUGUUUUUCCUCAUGUUCACCCUUUGGCCAUCGAUCUGGUUGAGAAGAUGUUGACAUUUGACCCAACAAAGAGAAUCACAGUUGAAGAAGCACUAGCCCAUCCUUAUCUUACGAGAUUACACGACAUAGCUGAUGAACCUGUGUGCCGACAACCAUUUUCUUUUGAGUUUGAGCAACAGCCCUUGGGAGAAGAGCAGAUGAAGGACAUGAUAUAUCAGGAGGCUAUAGCGCUCAAUCCAGAGUUUGCUUGAUGCUGUUUAAAGUUUCUAUGGUGGAUGAGGAACUGCGAACUAAAGUGGAAACAGUGCAGCGCAACGAAAUGAAGAGUUGCACAUAUUCAGAGGCAACCGAUCUCGUUGCUUUAUUUUUCCGUGGAGUAAGUAUGCCGUACCACGAAUACUGAUUUGAGGGGAGCUUUGCUCCACCUGUCGAAUAAACCUUCUUGAUUCCUUGAAACGCCUUUUGUUUUUGCAAUCGGUGCUUCUUGGCAUUCUUUUAUUAGCUUGUAUUUCACUCAACGUGCUUAAUAUCAUUUUGUUGUAACAUUUCACAGUCUGUAAAUUUGUACUGCAAGAUGUAUUAGUAAGAAGAACUGUAUUUUUUUUUAUUUUUUUGGUUCAUUGAACCGUGCUUCAGUUUAUGAAUGCUAAUCUGUAUGUAACGCGCAGAGCAGGGCGCUAGA